UUAGCGAUAUAGUCCUGUUUUGGCUCCCGCGACGGACGCGCAAAAUGGUUGGAAAGCUGGUGGUCUUGCUCGGCCUGUGCGCGUUCCUUGCGCCGGCCUCUGCUGGGAGUUCGUCGGAGUUGUUGGAUGUCCUUGGUGUGCUCGUGGAUGCGUUGUAUGAGUAUUUUGACGAGGGAACAGAAAUGCCAACAGAGGGGGAACCUGAAGACUACGACUGGCUGUACGAGUUCCUGGAGACAGAGGAUGAGUGUGAUCCAAACCCGUGCCUGAACAACGGCAAGUGUGAAGUCAAAGGAGACAGCUUUAAGUGCACCUGCCCUGAGCCCUUCACGGGCAAGAAAUGUCAGAAAGUGCGUAACUACUGCAAGAGAGUGAACUGCGGCCGUGGUGAGUGCGUCAUCACCUCAGUGGCGCCUUACUACGAGUGCAAGUGCAAAGCGCCCUUCCAGCCCCCCACAUGCAGGAAAGGGGCGGCCUGUAAAGAGAACCCCUGUCUGAACGGUGGCACCUGCAUCAAAGGACGCACCAGGUCUAGAUUCACCUGCGUCUGCCCCACAAACUACACCGGGAAGUUCUGCCAAGUCGGACCGGAUGACUGCUUCAAGGGCGAUGGCUCAUAUGACGGUUUCGUGAGUGAGACAGAGGAUGGGGUCGAAUGCCUGCCCUGGAACUCCCACCUGCUGCUGGAGAAGCUGGACGAGGACAUCUCUAUGUCCCAGGAUGAAGCGACCCUCCGUGAGCACAACUACUGCAGAAACCCGGACAAGGACGUCAGGCCCUGGUGUUUUGUCAAAUUGAAAGGCAAACUGAACUGGAACCACUGCAAUGUGACACAGUGUCCUGGAUCAGAUGACAUAACAGUCCCCCCUCCCCCGACGGACGAUCCGUCGGACCCGGCAAGUCCGACCGAUGCGGUGACCACAGAGUUCACCACCUGCGGCAUGCCUGAGCCCAGCGAGGUGGUGGCCAGGAUCUACGGUGGCAGGAAGUCCAUCCCUGGGGCGCACCCCUGGCAGGUCUCCUUGCAGACGCGGCCCAACGGUUCCAACGAGGAGUUCGAACACAUGUGCGGAGCCGCCCUGAUCCACCCUUGCUGGGCUCUGACCGCAGCCCACUGUAUUAGCCCUCAUGAAUCCUGGAGGGUGCUUCUGGGCAGUGUGAAUUUGCACAGAGAUGAGUGGACGAGACAGGCAGUGGACGUGGAGGAAGCCAUAGUUCAUGAAAACUACACCGAGACAUCAGAGGCCCUCUAUAACGACAUUGCCCUGUUGAAGCUGAAACCGGUUGACGGCCGCUGUGCCCGGGAGACGCGUUUCGUGAAGACGGUGUGCCUGCCCGAGGAGCCUUUCACCGACGGGACUCAGUGCAGCAUCUCUGGAUGGGGCGCUACUCCAGAUAGCAGUUUCUCCAAGCAGCUGCUGGAUGCACAAGUCCUGCUGAUCCCUCAGUGGCGCUGUGCCUACAACUCCUCCUAUGGAAACAAACUGGACCAGAGCAUGCUCUGCGCCGGCCGCCUGCGAGGAGGGGUGGACUCCUGCCAGGGGGACUCCGGGGGCCCGCUGGUGUGUGAGAAGGACGGGAAGCACUUUGUGUAUGGGGUGGUGAGCUGGGGGGACCGCUGUGGGGUGAAGAACAAACCCGGAAUCUACGCCCGCGUCACUGAGUUCACCGACUGGAUCAAGGCUAACAUACAGGCCGCUUAGCGUUGGGAAACACGCCGCUGCUGUGUGUCUGUGUGUGUGUGUGUGUGUGUGCAUGCACGCAUGUGUGUGUCUGCAUGUGUGAGUGGUUUUUUAAACUGGGCUUCCACCUACGUGUCCAGUACAGAACCCAGUCAGUCAACUGUCAGGGAGUGAGUGAAAGAGAGAAUGAGUGCUUUAAUAGAGAGUCUUUAUUUCUAGAGAUUACAGUCUUCCUCUCAUUAGUGCACAAGUGCAUUCUCAGUGCUGAACCUGUCAGUCGUAUUCUCAAUGAUCUCUUUUUCAGUGUCAUUAUGUGGCCGUUGCCAUUGGCAGUCCAAAAACAGACUGCUGAUCACACGUUAGAGCCCAGAAACGCAUGUUAAGCAGGGAGAAAAUAAAUCUCUACCUGAA